AUGGAACAUACAAAAGUCACCAAGAAAAGAGCUUGUCAGAAGAGGCAGAGGAGCAGAUCUCCAACCUCGCCCCGAAGGAACAUCGUGGGCUGCAGAAUUUCUCACUGGUGGAAGGAAGGAGACGAGCCGAUCACACAGUGGAAAGGAACUGUGCUGGAUCAGGUGCCUGUCAACCCCUCUCUCUACCUGGUGAAAUAUGAUGGGAUUGACUGUGUCUAUGGACUGGAACUUUACAGAGAUGAGGGUGUACGGUCCUUAAAAGUUCUUGCUGACAGGCUGACACCUUCCCCAGUCACUGAUGCCAGCCUUGCUGAGGCUAUAAUUGGCAAAUCUGUGGAACAUAUAUUUGAGGGUGAGCAUGGCUCUAAGGAUGAAUGGAGGGGCAUGGUCCUGGGGCAAGCGCCUGUCUUGGAUAGCAGUUUUUAUAUUACUUAUGAGAAAGAUCCUGUGCUGUACAUGUACCAACUUCUGGAUGAUUAUAAAGAGGGCGACCUCCAUAUUUUGGCAGGGUUCAGUGAGCCCUGUCCUUUAGACAUCAACCUGGAGCCUGUGGAUGGCCUGAUAGGCAAAUAUGUGGAAUACACCAAAGAUGAUGGUUCCAGGAGGGUGGGAAUGGUCAUUCACCAGGUUGAAGCAAAGCCCUCUGUGUACUUCAUCAAGUUUGAAGAUGACUUCCAUAUCUAUGUCUAUGACUUGCUGAAACAGUUCUAA